AUGCAUUCACAUCAUCGGCGUGAUGUCGGGCAAACGGUCAACCUCCAGAAUUAUGAUUUGGGCGCGCUGAUGCGCCGGGACAAGCGCGAGCUGUACAUGGAGGGGAAAACGCACAGAAGAACGACGAUCGUGCCCGAAAUGAUCGCAGCGCUGGAUCGGGAGGCGCAAGAGCGAAGGCAUCGACUACGUCGUACAAUCUCAACGGAUUUCGUACGGAGGGAGAAUAUCGGCCAGAAUGCUGCCAGUGAAUGGGAGUCGAGCGCCACGGAAAUCCAUGCCCUGGAGCGAGAGCAGUACCAGCCGGGCGUCACGCCCGACCUCAUCCGCCGUGUGAUGCAGCAGUUCGACACGCUCACCUUCGACCAGAUGCGAGACAUUGCCGCUCGGGGGUCGUUAGAAACCCCUACCAGCAAAUCCGAGGCACGGAAGCUGUUGCUAGAGGCUUUUCGUCCAGAAUAUGCGAAGCUACGCCUGGCCGCCGAAAAUAGCUUGCCGGAAGAUCGGCGAACGGCUUUUCACUUUGACUAUCUGGUGGUGGUCGAUUUGGAGUGCACGACUCGACGGGAAAACGUCGCUGCGUAUCCACACGAAAUCAUCGAGCUGCCUGGGGUCUUGAUCAACGUGCGCAGGCGGCAGGUCGUCAGCGAAUUUCAGACGUUCGUCCGCCCACGCGAGAACCCGAUCCUGGACCCGUUUUGUACGGAAUUAACUGGAAUUACACAGCGACAAGUCGAUCGAGCACCGUUUUUCCCGGAGGCUUUAGCACGUUUUAUGGAGUGGCUCAACGAUCACGGCCUCAAGUAUCGCCCCGGCCGCCCGGCGCCCCGCUUCGCCUUCGUGACGGACAGCGCGUGCGAUUUUGCAAAGUUUCUCCAGUUCCAAUGCAUCCUGCUCGACAUCGAGAUGCCGUUCAUGUUCCGCAGUUUUAUCAACAUCAAAAAGUACUUUUGCACGAAGGUGACGAAACUCGACCGGAAGAAUCCGGAUGCUUAUGGCAACAAGACGAGCAUAGAGAAAAUGUUACAACACUACGGCAUUCGCCCGAUCGGACGCUCCCAUUCCGGACUAGAUGAUGCGCGGAAUAUCGCCCGUCUGACGCUGCGCAUGCUGGAGGAGAAAAACAUUGUCCUGCGCAUCAAUCAGACGCUGCGACCACGUGAAGAUGCCAAGCCGAAAGCCUACGAGUUGGUCGACACAUCACUCUGGGACCUGCCCCUUGCACUCACAUUUGUUAGCCGCGAAGACUUUCUGGGUGAAGCCUACCUUGACUGCGACGAAUACUACAAGAGACUUGAUGCCGAGGAAGAGCCGCAGAGGGCGAUCGGGAGGAGAGAGACCUGGGAGGAAGGGAUGGAGGUGCUUGAGCAAUGCACUGUAUGGGACCCGGAACAGGGGCGGCUCAAUCUACAGUUUCAUCGCAGCACCAGCGAGCCGGUUCCGUUGCCAUUGCCACGGACACAAUCCUACACUGGCCGAAUGAACGGAUGUCGCGGAAUGCAGCAAGACCCAAAUACACAGCGCCGUGGCUGCUACACCAUCACCUACCAACAUAACUCGCGGCCAGCGCCCGCUGGCUACCACCAGAAUAGGGAGAUGCGCCGCCACGAAGAGCACAAUGGACCCUAUCCACCGGAUCCGCGGCCACAGCUUCCUCCUCCUCGCCCACCGAUCCCUCAUCAGCAUCAUGCCCACCAUCACCCCAUGCAGCCGGCCUAUGAGGAGGAGAUCGACGGCACGUUCCCUGGCUUCCACCCGGCCUUCUCCGACGACUACGAUCGACCGCAGGGACCGCCAAACUCCGGCCCGCGUCCGCAGUAUCGCGGCGCCGCUCCGCGGCCCCCCAUGGGCCGAAUUCGACCCGCCUUCUCGCGGCCCAAUUUCCACGAAAGCGACCCCUGGCAACGUCAUCUGCCAAAUCAACAGCGUGUCCCGCCCGUGCGCCCGGUGAGCAGCGCCGACCAGGAGACGGAGGAGCAGCGCAUCUGGCGUCAGUUCGGCGCCACCCGCCGCUCGAGCACCUCCACGGAUCGCCGCCAU